CAUCACCAUUAAGGAUAUGAAGCCAGAACUUGGUCCAAAAGUUGAACGAAACGAAUGGGGAGAUUUAAUUAAACAUUAUUGGAUUAUUUUGCUGGUUGUUUUGAUUGUGGGUUUGCUGGUCAUAUCGAUGCCAAUUAUUGGAUUAUGCUUUUGCUGCUGCCGUUGUGCUGGUGCUUGCGGUGGACGUUCGGAGCCGUUUGAUAAAAAACAUGAUACUUGUCGACGUGUAUUUCUCGGUUUCCUGCUCAUACUGUUAGCCACAGGCAUUGUUUUUGGAGUUAUUAUUGCAUUCGCUACCAAUAGCUACAUGCAAAUGGGCGUUGACAGCGGCACUGAUGCGGUACGAGCUGGUAGUGCUGAUACACAAAAAUUCCUUGGUGUCACCUCAGAACAAAUUGAUCAUAUCUUGGUUACUAACUAUAAACAACUCUCGGAUCAACUCGAAAACAUUUUAAGGGAAACAUCUUCAUUUAUUAUAACACAGUUAGAACGAAAGUCUAUGGCGGUCUCGUUGCAAUAUCUGACAGAUUUUCUAGCGAAGUUACCAGAACUACGAGAUAAGCUGCAGCAUAUGAAGACAAUAACAAAUGAACUGCGUGUUUAUGCCUCUCAACUGAGUGACGGUUUACGCGGUGUUAAACGUGACUUGCUUCUUAUGCUCACUAAAUGUAAUCAAGAAGCCUGCCAGGAAGUUUUAACAAAAUACGAAAUUGGCAAAUUGGAUGCAAAUGGCAUACAUUAUGAUCAGAUGGUAGACAGAUACUUUCCAAAGUUACCUGAUGUUACCGAAAUAAUUGAAAAUUUGGAACAAUUAAUAAAUGACAACAUUGCCGCUGCAGGCAAUCGCGGACGAACUGCUCUGGACAACAUGCGUAAGCAUUUGAAUGAAACAAUCGCUAAACACACACCACAAAUUAUACAGGCAAUUAACAAAGCUGGUCAAAGCUUCCAGAAGGCUUCUAAUGAUAUUAAAACUGAAUUGAAAAAGAUUUCUAAUUUAAUUGGUACUAAAACUGACAAAUACACUGGAGUUGCAGAUGACUAUCUUAAUGAAUAUGGACCAUAUCGGUUCUAUAUUGGCAUAGGAGUUUGCACAGUUUUGUUGUUGAUACUUAUUUGUUUAGUAAUGGCGUUACUAUGUGGUAUUUGUGGUAAACGGCCUGACGGUUAUGGUGAUGAUUGUUGCAAUAAAGGCUCCGGAUCACGCUUCCUCAUGAUCGCUGUGGCAUUAAUUUUCUUGACAUUAUCUGCUAUUGCUUUGGUUUGUCUAGUACAUUUUAUUUUAGGUUUAGUUGCAUAUCGAGGAGUGUGUGUACCAUUGAAGGAUCCACAAAACGAUGAAAUUUUUGCACUAUUGGAUAAUUCAAUUGAUUUGAAUAAUGUACUAUAUCCUUCACAAGGCAAUGGCAAGGCUGCUUCAGGAACUUUACCACCAUUCCGUAUAUCGCAUGCUAUAACAUCCUGUAAGGCGAAUAAUACCGUUUUUGAGGUUUUGCGUAUACAAAAUCGUAUAGAUAUUCAAGAAAUAAAUGAAUAUCCUGCACAAUAUAAAAUUAAUCAAACUCUUGAUAAUCUCGUAAAUGGCAUUGAUUUUGAUAAUGAGAAUAUAGAAAUACUUAGUGAUGCGGAUAAAGAACGUAUUCUUCAAAUGGGCAACUCGGCGAUCAAAUACUUCGAUUCAGGCCAAUUUAUUGAUAACCUAAACGAUACCAUAACUAAACAUUCCCUUACCGAGAUUUCUGAAAAAUUGCGACAAACUGCAUCACGUAUCACUAGUAGUGAAAUGAAAGAUGUACAAGUGAGUCUGCGCAAUCAAGCAUUACAUCUUGAGACAUAUGAGCAAAAUCUUGUUAUACCCAUGAAAAACCAGUCAUCCCAGUUAAUUAAUUUAGCACGUGAUUUAGAUAAAAUAUUACGUUAUAAGGAGCAUUCAUUCCAAGAAUCAAUACCAUUAUUAGUAAAUGAAAUUGAUCGUGCACAAAUAUUUAUUGCAAAGGAUGGCAGACAGUUUGUUAAGGAAACUGCUGAGAGUUUAGUUAAUUAUUUCUCUAGUGAAAUUGUACGCUUCUUAGGCAUGGUUGUGGAUUCUGUAGAAAAUAAGAUUGGAUUGUGUGAACCAUUAGCUCGAGUAUAUGAUGCGGGCGUUGUUGCUGCUUGCAAUCGUAUUGUAGAUCCAUGGAAUGGUUUCUGGGCUGGUGUUAUAGUAUGUGUUGUGCUUUUCUUGCCAACCCUUAUUUUUGGAAAGGACACAACAUGA